AUGGUCCAUGUUGACAGGAUUGGUUCGGUAUUCCCGAAUACCACAACUGGUGACAGUAAAACUGAAGUUAUUCUAGAUGUAGUGAAGAGACGAAGUAGUUACACGGCGAUGGCUCAGUCUAGGCCAGGCUCCCGUAAGUACGAAGCUCCUGAGAAACGAUCAGGCGUAGCGCAGCUCCAGAGUGCUUGUGAAACAUUGGCAGGUACAUGGCUUUACAAGGCCGAUCUUGGUGACGUUUCCACUCUUGCAUUUUCGGUCAACGUAGUUCAAUGGAGAGUGGUUCCCUCUCGUGGCUUGUGA